AGCACCCUGUUCGCCUUUCCCACUAUAAAUGAAGGAAAAGUAAACUAAACUCUGUCCUCCACCUUGAUAUCUCGCGCGUCUCCAGAUUUCGUACAAGCGUUAAACGCCGAAUUAUUUUAGGACAGCUACAAAGGAGACGCAUCUAUUGCUCUCGUCCAUACAAAGAUCGCCUUUCUGUUUGUCUGAAAGGCUGAAGCAUAGUCGGAAUAGAAGAGCCUUCCAUCACUCUCCUGCUUCUCCAGCCAUUAGGUGGCUGGUAGCGACGGCCGCUUAAUUGGGAUCCUGCUGUUAUUCUGAAAAAGUGGUUAGCAGUUGUUGGGAAUUUGAUGUUGGGCUCAAUCACCAUGUUUCGCAGAAGGCAAUCUCAUAAUCACGAGGAAAACGAUUCUUUGCAACGAGGUGCAAAGGUAAUGAGAAGCCUUGAUCAAAUAAAACAGAAAUAUGUCCUUUCUUGAUGCGGAUUUGCUCUGUUAAGGUGAGUGAACUCAGGGCUGCUCUUGGGCCUCUAUCUGGGCGUAGCUUACAGUACUGCACUGAUGCAUGCCUUAUGAGAUACUUGGAAGCUCGGAACUGGAAUGUUGACAAGGCAAAGAAAAUGUUGGAAGAGACACUCAAAUGGAGGGCAACCUAUAAGCCUGAGGAGAUCCGUUGGCAUGAGGUAGCGCAUGAAGGUGAGACUGGGAAAGUGUCCAGAGCUGAUUUUCAUGAUCGACUCGGGAGGACAGUCCUUAUAAUGAGGCCAGGGAUGCAGAAUACAACAUCAGCAGAAAAUAAUAUCCGCCAUCUAGUGUAUCUCAUAGAGAAUAGUAUUCUUAACUUACGGGAGGGUCAAGAACAAAUGUCAUGGUUGAUAGACUUUACAGGAUGGUCAUUGAACACCAAUGUUCCUGUCAAGACAGCCCGAGAUAUCAUCAACAUUUUACAGAACCACUACCCUGAGAGACUUGCAAUAUGCAUCCUCUAUAAUCCUCCCAGAAUUUUUGUGGCAUUUUGGAAGGUUGUCAAGUACUUCCUCGAUCCAAAAACAUUUCAGAAGGUGAAAUUUGUUUACCCAAAGAAUAAAGAGAGUCUGGAGGUAAUGAAGUCACUUUUUGACGUGGAGAACCUUCCAGGUGAGUUUGGAGGAAAAGCCACACUGAAAUAUGACCAUGAAGAGUUCUCGAGGAUGAUGGCAGAGGAUGAUGUGAAAACUGCCAGUUACUGGGGACUUGAUAGCAAGCCCUGCCAUGUUACUAAUGGGUAUUCAGGAGCAGAAACAAUGCCCCUUGCACCUCCAGCUAGCUAAUUGAGCCUCCCUAAUGCCUGCAAUAGUAUGUAAGAAACUAAAGAAAAAGAAACUACAAGCCAGACUGAUACCACUGAUACAGAUUCUAGUAUGAAAUUUUCUAAUAGGAACUGGAAUAAAGUUUCCUUCUUGAGGUGAAUGAAUGUCUAUUUGCAAUGCUCUCAUCUAACUAUAAACUAUGAGAAGGCAUCUACUUUAUC